AUGGAGGCAAGAGCGAAUGAAUCGUUCGUCAGGUCGAUCCUUCGAAACCUUUCGCUGACCCGCGAACGUCGGCACCUGGACAAGCCGCCUGGGGGAGAAGUGGCUACAAACGCCAUCGAUGUUGUCGCCACGACCGUGCAAGAGGAGAAGAUGGCGGACUUUCUGGGCGAUGCCCUUGCAGGGAAUGACAGUGACGUCGAUGGCGAUGGGUCCGGUUGGUUCAAUGACUCGACGACCGCUGUCUUCUCGACUCUGUCCGCCUCCUCGUCGUUCGCAGACUCCACGUCGUCGUACUCUACGAGCGUUGACAACUACACCGGUAGCGUGUCCGACCUCUUCGCCUUCGACGACCUGAGUGAUUACAUCAAUCGAUUCAACUACAGCGUUCUCGUGAAUCUGACGGCCUACUACGACGGCGGCACAGAUCUGAAUCUCAGUAGCGUCAAUUGUACAUCGUCGAUAGUCGCCGGGGGUACCGUUAGGCCGGGCGAGUGUGCCGGGACUGCCGGCUUCGACGAGAAGUCUGACGCGAACAGCUGGUGGGCUCUGAUACUCGUGAUCGUGCCGUGUUUGACGCUUUUCGGUAACGUGCUCGUUAUCCUAGCGGUAGUGAGAGAACGGGCGCUGCAGACUGUCACUAACUACUUUAUCGUCAGUUUGGCGGUCGCUGAUCUCCUCGUAGCGGUGCUCGUUAUGCCGUUCGCGGUCUACGUACUGUGUUUCGAUCCCAUUCGAAUGCAAGGAGAAGUAAAGAACGUGCCUUUACUGCGGUACGAACUGAUUCGUUUUAGUAUAAUCCGGUUACUUCACGUUACGGUAAG